AGAUUUACAUGGUCUGCAUGGUUACGAACAUUAAAAAGUAUCGAUUUUGUUAAAGCCUUUCAAAAUAUUGGUUAUAUCUGGUCAGAUAAUUCACCAUUUUCUCUUCGUACAAUGCCUGGCUACACAUUUGAUCCAAGUUCAGCUGACUGGGAAUCGUCAACCAAUGAUGAUAACGAUACAGAAGAUCGUAUCGAUAUUGUCGCUGAUAAAGCAUCAGAACAACAACAACAACACACUCAGUCAUUAGCAACACGAUCAAAACAACUAACAUUGUUCAAUAUGUGGAAAAAAUAA